UUGAGAAUGGCUUGUAUAUGACUAUUGCAAAAAUGAUUGCAGUGUGCAUAGUUCAUGGUGGAGUUGGCCCUCAUUUUUUUUCUGAUCAUCUUUUUAUGCAACUCUGUGGUCAGUGUACACUUCCUGUUUCCCUUGAGGAAAUAGCAGACAGCAGCUUCAGAGAAAAACUCUCAAAGAUUAAAGAAGCAGACUCUGUUGAACACGCAAAUUCUGCAAUCUCAGAUGCUGGAGACAGUCUGUACAUGAUGGGAGCACUUAGGUACAUCUCAUCUCUUGAAGAGAGGGAUUCCCUGGUCCAAUCUGCAGCAGAAUACUUUGUGAAUGGGCGGACAAAUUUGGCUCUCAGACAAUUUGAAGAGGGUUUCAAAACACUUGGUCUGAUUCAAGAGCUCAAGAACCAUCCUGACAUUUUUGAGGACUUGUUCAUCAAUGCAGUCAGACCACUUGAGGCAAAAGAUCUGUCCACUCUUUUUGAGGUGGACUUUUCACCCCUUGGUAGCAACAAAAGACAGCUGGAAAAUAAGACAGUCUGUUUCUGGAGAGACUGGUUAAUUGAUGUAGAAGAAGGUGACUGCAAUCGGUUGACACUGCCAAUGGUACUGGAGUUUGCUUCAGGAGCCUCAUCUGUGCCUCCACUAGGAUUCCCCCAUCAGCCAAAAAUCGAAUUUCUUCAUACAUCUGGUCAAGACACCAGAGUAUUUCCAGAAGCCAACACAUGCCUUAUUGUUCUUAGACUUCCAAUUCACAGUACUUACGAAUCUUUUAGAACCUACAUGACCAAAGGUAUUUUGCAGUCGCCAACUUUCGGCACCAUGUAAUAAUUCAUGUACCUUGUUCAUGUAAGGGUGAUGAACGAAAUACUUCAUGUUUCAGCACAGUUUCACAAGUUAAUGAAACAAUCCUCUUAACACUUCUUCACUCUUA